AUAUUUUAGUUGAGGUUCUCAACAUCUAUACACGGGAAUUGUCACAGAUAAAAGGUGAAAAUGGCGUUGAAUUUUUCAUUGACUUCAAUCGAAAAAGAUGAAUUUAAUUAUCUCAGUCCCGUUUAAGUGAAGUUAUAUCCGUGUUUUUGUGUUUAGUGAACAUCGCACAAGACUGUAAAAUUGCUGUUAAUCGUAGAAGAACGUUUGAAAAAAUUAAAUAAAUUGUCGGAGUUCACGAAAUGGUUUCUGUAAUGUUUGAAUUUUGUUCUUUUGUUUUUUGGUUUGUUUGAAUCAUUGUUGAUAAAAGUUAAAGUGAAUUUGCACCGGAAGGAUAAUCAGAAAUGCGACAUUUAAAAGUAAAUUCUCAACCGCAAACUGCGGUUCGUCGCACGAUUGGAACGCGAAAUUCAAAAGAAAUUCCUGCCAAGACUGCACAAAAUGAUCGCAACAAUAUUGGUAAACGAAUUGGUGCCGGAUCGAUGCCACGAACAAGACGAAGUGCAACCCAAGCAAAUACGCCCAGUAGUGCAGUAAAGACAACUGCAGCCGUAACGUCAUCAAGUCAAAGCAGAAUAGCAAGAGUUCAGAAUGGCAACGAUCAACCACGAAGCCGUGGCGAAAUGGAAUCAUUGUUGAAGAAACGAGACGAAGCCAUGCCCUGUAUGACCGGAUCAGAUCGGGUAGCAAACUGGAAAUCAACACAGUUCGCUAUCGAUUAUUACAGGAAUGAAGUAGCAGUUUCGCCUCGUCGACAAUCGGUGCGGUCGGUUCAAAAGUCGUCGAUUCAAGAGAGAAUUUCGUACGGGAAAGUAAGCUCUUCCACGUCGUUUGGUGACAAUUCGCCGAGCUCAUACGAUUUCAAAGUUCCUACAUCAAUGCAGAGAAACGACAAUUCGGCCGAGCUAAUCGAUUUGACCGACGACGCAAGUGAGUCGAACACAUCGUCAAUAACCACCACUCAAGAAGAGUUGUAUUCGUAUCUGGGAGUGGUGACCAAGUCUCAGACGAAUAAAGUGGAAACGGAAACGGAAAACAAGACUGUUAAGCGAUCGUCAUUGCGUGUUAAGGUGAAACAAAUAGCCCUGCGGAAUCAAGAGAUUUACAAUCAGCUGGAGACUAAUCGAAAAUUGGAGGCAGCCAACAAUCAUACUCAAAGUCUUGUUCGAUACAACGGAUACCAAUCGGAACAGUCUUCGGUUCAAGUUAAACCGCAAAAUGGCGAUCCGCGUCUGAACCACUACAAAACCAAUCAUCAGCACUAUACGCAGACCACAUACAAGUCCACGACUUUAGUCAAUAAUACAACGAAUUCCCAAUCAUCACGGAACAACUACCGAACAGUCACAACAAGUCGCGUCAGUCAACAACAUCAGCAGCAUCUUUCAUCAAACCAACUUGUUCCUUACUCGUUUCAAUCGUCUAGGGUGCGGAACACCACCAACAAAUGUACCGUUAUGGAGCGAUUCGUUUACAAGCCUCAACAGCCGACCGAUUCUCGUCCCAUUCAGGUCAACGCAGACAAAUACAAAACAUCCAUUUUAUCAUCAACCACAUCAAAUACAACAACUGUUAAUCGCCCCGCCAACGGUCAGCCACCGAUUGGUAGCCGGCCAGCGAAGAUUUCACCGACAAGGAAACCGGAAAUGGCACGACCGUCUGAGAGAAGACCGCCGCUAAUAACGGCCGGUAUCAAACGUAAGGCAAUGGAACAAUGGAUUGAAUUGAGUUCAUCGCAUCCGACCACAGCCAAUAAUAUUCCAUCGAAGCCCAAUACCAGUUCAUCGUCGUUCGCCAGUUUGCAUCAGCAGAACACGAUCACAACCACGAACAUUUCCACGCAUCGAAAAAUGCAGAAACUUGAUGUGUCAGUGUACGUAAAGAAUAUUGGCAGCACAACUAGCCCUGCAAGCAGUACGUUCCAAACGAAUUACCCGUCGAACGGUAGUAAUGUCUCACCGCACAGAAAAAUACAAAUUGACUCGCGAAAAACUCACGUACAAUCGGUCCGCACUGUACAGAACACAGUCAUGACUAAUGGCUCCACGCUACAGCAAAACAAUUCUACGAAAAAUGCGAGAGGAGUUGAGCAGCCAACUGGAAAGCCAUCAAUUCAGUCGCCAUUGUUGAGAAACAUUCGUCCGGCCAAUGCACUAACAUUGCAAACGUGUUCGCAGAAGAACAUCGGCAACAAUCGUGUGUCGAAGCGUCGAAUAACUCCGAAGCUAAGCAGCGAGAUGAAGAGAGCUAUGAUUCACGAAGCGCAUACUAGACAGAAUGUUGUUGUCGUCAAUAAUGUCAUGCCGCCAAGAAAAGUUGAAAAUGUGAACUCUCGCAGUGUUCCUCCCGGUAAGGUCUAUUUACCACACACCACUGACAAGGAUAACAUAUCGUCGAUGCAAAUGAAUCAACAGCGGAACGUUUCCAGCAGCAACAACGUGUCUCCGAAUAAAUUCACGACUUACGAUCCAAGAGUGUCAUUGUCAUCGAUGCCUGUUACACAAAAUAUUGCCGUGAGUAAGGUGUCAUCGAUGCAAGCAAGUUCCAAGCAAUAUAUUACCAGCACCGCAAAUGAUGUUGCCAUUGAAGUGAUGGUACAUAGCAAUUUCAAUUCGAAGCGAGCAACAUCGAUGCAAAUGCGAGCCAUAGAAAAUAUUGAAACUCCCGGCAGUGCAUUGGAGAAGAAUACUCAACAGAACGUCGACAACAAAAAGAUGGUGACCGGCGGAGAUAUGAAAAAUAUUGACUUGAACAAACGACUGUCGGUGCAAUUGACUCAGCUGCGUCCCAUCAUACCGACCAGUCCGUCGAAUUCUCAUCAAAACACUAACAGCAACGCUAGCGGCAUUGUAACACCAGUAGCACCGAAACAGAAAAUCGAAUCCGGCACAUCCACCACAUUGCAGCUGAUUCAAUCGCAUUCGAUGCAGAACAUUUUACUGCUGCCAACCAGUUCCAUGGAAAGUAAAAAUGCUUUCCAGCCACCGAUAUUCGACGUUCAAUCCGAGAUUGAAAUCACGUCGACCGAUCUGAACGAAAAUGUGGAGAGCAAGCCCGAUAUUCCACUUGAUUUGUCAGCGUCCAUCAGUGAUGUCAUUGAGGCAAAGAGAGAUUCGAAGACUGUUCCAAUGGACGAUGCCAAACCAUGUCUGACCAUCGUUGACGAAAAUAUGGUGAAUGAGUCUGACUGUGCUGAUUUGAAACCAUUGGAAACCAUCGAAACCAUCAAGAGCACAAAUUUUCUGCAGAAGCGGGAUGGUGAUGUACUGGCCGUUCUCAGUUUUGACAAGCAGUUUGCGGUGAUUCAAGAGAGGUUAAUCAGUCUGUGGACACAAUCGAGCGAUCUGUUUAGCGUGUUCGGAAUAGCCCAGCAAUAUGAUUGCAUUGGAAAAAUCGAGCGAUAUAACUGUGAUAUUGAAAUUGGCACGCCAUCAUAUCAGCAUCGAUUGCUGUUGGUGGGUAGUAAAACGUUUUACGUCGAAUUACGAGCGAAGAAAUUGAUUGGGGCGUACACACGUGAAAGUCUGAUGUCAGUUUACUUGACUUUGUACUCGUUGAACGAUCAACAACAAUUAAUUUUGCGACACAUUGAGCUCGACCGCGUUCAUGGGUCGAUUCCAUCGAUACGGUACACAAUACUGCCGAAAUCAAGAAGCUUUGUUAUCUCUUGGUUCGAAGCGGUCACCAAUAUUCGAAAAUACAAUCUGAGUGCGAACAUGUUGAAUCUGGAAAGUGUUCACAUAUAUCCCGGCUGCCGAGAGCCACUGAAGAAGCUACAGUUUUUCGAGAAUGACACCGUGAUUGCAUUUGGUAAUUCUACAAUCACAAUGUGGGACAUUCGGAGUGGGGACAUUACAUGCAAAAUUGACACCAAUACGACCAUUGGCGACAAUUUGCAUUUCUUUUCGUUGAUUGAAAACACCGAACGAGCUCUUUUCCUUGUACAAUCUUGUGCUGACCCGGUAGGAAACGGUCAACUUAUCAAAUUGCUGGCAAUCAACAUGAACAAUAACUACUCGUGGAAGGUGAUUUGUACGCAUAAAAUGCCGUCGAAUGAAUCAAAAGUCACUUCAAUGGCAACCAUCGCCAACCACUUUAUCACCACGUAUGAAAAUGGCCAAUCAUUUUUGCUCAAUUUGUACAACCCGAGACAAUUCGUUGUGCGUUCGUUAGAAACGAGAGGAUUGAAAUGCUUCGCUACAAACGAUAAAAUCAUUGUCAUCGACCACAAUCAAUUAAUUUCGAAAACGUUCGUCGAUCACUUUUUCGCAUAAGUUUCUGCCAAAACUGUCGACUGUAGCACGUGUUUUGUUAAAACAAUAAUUCGGUACGAACUCGAAAUUGAAUUUAGCGUUCGUCUUAUCGUAUAUUUAUGUAAAAAAAGUGAAAAAAUAAAAAUUAAUUUAUGAA